AUGAGGAGAAGCAUUGCGUCUUGUUACAGUGAUCACGCCGUUAAGGUCUCUGAUUCCUAUUGCUCUGGCCCUUCCCGCCAUGGCUAUGUCGUUUCCAAGCUUCCUUCUCCAAAUUUCCCGCACUCUGUUUCUUCAAUUUACAGACCCAAGAUUUCGACCAACCAAAAAAAUCAGAUUUUGAUUCUUUUGAGUUGGAGCAGUGACCAAAUGGGUCAAGGCUUCACCAUUAAAAUCAAUUCGAUUUCUGAUCGAAUUCUGUGCAGCAGAGGAGUGAAGUCAUUCAAAUUUUCAGAAAAUUCGGAGAUUUCGGUUUACUGGGAUCUCUCGGAGGCCCGAUUCGAGCCCGGACCCGACCCGAGUAGUGGGUUCUACGUGGCGGUGACGGUGGAUUCGGAAAUCGGGUUGCUGAUCGGCGACGAGAGGGAGAAAUUGGAGAAAUUGGGGGUUUUGAAGCCGAAUUGGGAGACCCAGUUGCCGGAGUUCUGCGAGAUUUUCGGACGGCGGCGGCGUGCACGAGAUUCUGGUGAAGUGCGGCGGCGGAGAAGAACAGGGGACGAGGAAUCGGACGCUGUUGGUGUUGAUUGA